AUGGUCUUUAAUCGGAAGUUUGUGUCCCCUGGGGAGGUUAUUGAGGCAGCGAUGAGAGCCUUCAAGGAUUUUACGGAGAUCAAUCUGCAGAAGAAUGGAACUACUACUAAUCAGCCCCCUCAGCCCAGAUCUUCAGUUUGGCAUCCCCCUCCUCGAGGUGUUCUCAAAAUUAACAACGAUGCUUCUUUGGGUACGGGGAAAAAGGCUGGUGGUCUCGGGUUCGUUCUUCACAAUAGUCGUGGUGAAUGCUUACGGGCAGUGUCUAAGCUAGCGCAGUUCCACACUGCCAUCAUCGAAGAAGCAUUAGCCAUGAGGGAUGUUGUUUUAUAUGCCUUGGGCAACUGUGUGGAAAAGAUUGUGGUGGAAUCUGACUCUCUCGACCUGGUCCGUCUAAUCCAAGAUACCUCUAGGGCAUCCCUUCUAAGAUUAGUAAUAUUGUCCAAGACAUUUGCCACUUGA